UUGCAUGGUUUUAAGAAAAUUGUCAAACGUUGAAUUAAGAAUGCUUUUGCAUUUUAAAUAACUCCUCGUUCUGCUAUCGCAUCGAUAGGCGUUUGAUUAGUGUAGUCUGUUCAUUUUUUCCCUCCAGGGUUAGAGUGCAGUUCCUGUACUGUAAAUAAUUUAAAAGAGCAAACGUUUGGCGUUUUAGUGCACGGAAUCUGUUUGAUUGCUGCUGCUGUUCAUUUGUAAAGCAUUGGUCUGGUCUUUGUGUACAUAAUUAUUGCUCUGUUGAGCGUGGACAUCUUAAAAAGUGCGUCAACAAAAAGAAACUGGUUAGAAUAAUGCUGUUUCCUUGUUUUUUAUGACUGGGCUGUUACCUAUCCCCUUCAAUAAUCAUUUAAAUAUAAUUUUCAAUUACAGAUCUUCACCAAAAAGUUAUCUGACCUUGGUUUUCUUACCUUUUUAUAAUUUCAAAUUGCCAGAAUUUGUGUUUCUCAGGGGAAAAACGAGCAAAGUACUCUGGUUUGUUGGUGACUUUUACCCAUAAAGCGUGAAUGCAAUUUAAUUGGACUGAAAAGCAAAGGUGAUAGACUGACUGUUUGCAUUUCCUCGGAGAAUGGUCUCUACCAGAUCCUUUAGGAGCUUUCUCCCUUCUGCAGUCCGAAUGCUGAUUCAUGAUGGAAAAAGAGCCAGAAGCUCUUCAGGAAAGGUUGGAGGACACAAGCCAGCUCAAAUUGUGAUAUUGCACAAGUUCCUGGCUGAUGAAUUUGAAAAAUUCUGCCAUGCAAACAGCGGUCCAUUGCCAUUGCUAUACAGGAGUCAACCAGGAGAAUGGAAAUAUGUUAAAAUUACAGACAACUCAGAUAUUGGAACGGACUGCCCUCAGUAUUGUAGACAUGAAUUGGGACACUUCACUGGCAAUGUAGCUGAUCUACUGGAGUACUCAAAUGAGUUGGAGGAGAUGGUGACUUUCUACUUGGGUGGCAGCUUUUCUGUUGAACAGAUGCUUCUAAAGGCAGGAGUUCCACUCAGGCAUGUUGAACAAAACCGCACCAUAAGCAUGUAUAAGACGUCGGUGCCGUGUCGUGAGGUGGGCAGGUUCCACUGUAACAUGGUGGUCUCCAUGAGGCCUGUCCCAGAGGGAAAACUCGAUGCUGUCGCACAAGCCACCCACCCAGCAAGAGAUGUUCAUGGGGCUCCAGUUCACAUGGGCCACCCUGGAUUAAUUGGUAUAAAUGACCUGUCUAGACCAGAUUAUGGGGAUCCAGUUGAGCCUCAUCAAGGGGACAUCCCUGUGUUCUGGGCCUGUGGAGUGACAGGGGUGGAAGCUGUACAGGGCUGCAAACCUCCUCUGGCAUUCACCCACACUCCUGGCGGGAUCUUCAUCACUGAUUAUAAAAGGGACGAGUUUGGACCUGUUCCCAACACUGACCCGGCAGAGACCGUACAAACCUUCUGCAUCUCCCAGAACCCUCUGCACUACAGUGUUGCCUCUGCUGCUGCAGUUCAGAAGAUCAGGACCCUGGAGUGUCACAUUGGUGCUGACCCAGGUGACCGAGGUAUAAAAGCCCUGUUCAUCCAAGAUGAGCUGCUAAAGGCCUCCAUGUGCAUGUCACAUGCAGCCUCAGUUCUCAUCACUACCGGGUUUCCGACCCACUUCAACCAGGACCCUCCAGAGGAAACUGAUGGACCUCCAGGUGCCAUCGCCAUGGCAGCCAUGCUCCAGGCCCUGAAGAAACAGGUUGCUAUAGUAACUGACCACCGGGCCUUAGAAAUGAACAAGAAGAUUAUUGAGGAUGCUGUUGAACAAAGCAUCUUAAGAACUGAAGUACCACUGCUGAGCUUCCAAGACGAUAGUCAGGAUUCAACUCUAAGGUUCCUGUGUCAAGAUGGCAACCCCCAGACACCCAGGUAUGACCACUUGGUGGCAAUAGAGCGUGCUGGUAGGGCUGCGGAUGGAAACUACUACAACAUGAGGAAAGUCAAUAUCGAACACCUGGUCGACCCCAUAGAUACUUUGUUCACAACAGCAAGCACAAUCCCAGGCGUCAUGACAACAGGUAUUGGAGACGGAGGUAAUGAGCUGGGCAUGGGAAAGGUGAAGGAAGUUGUGAUGAAGUACAUGCCGCACGGGGAUCUGGUAGCAUGUAACGUUGGAGCGGACUUUGCUAUUACUGCUGGUGUUUCAAACUGGGGAGGCUAUGCAGUGGCUUGUGCUCUCUACAUCCUCAACUGCUGUCCAAUUCACGACAGAUACCUCCGGAAGGCAGUUGGGUUCCCCAGACACUCGGAGCAGGAUUCCUGGACCUCUGCACUCCCAACAGUCACUAAGGAAGAGAAGUUGCUGGAAAUCCUGGUGAACUAUGGGAUUCGGAGUGGCAAAACCGGGAAUCUGGGAAUGGAGGUGGACGGCCUGCCUUUCUAUGACACUCACUCUGCUAUGAUCCAGCAGCUUGGCAAGAUCACACUGCAACCAGUGGCAUUGGCUUGACACGCACAGCAACACUUUGUAAAACAUUUUUCAAUAUUGCUUCCAAAGACUUCCUGGCCUUUAAUAUUUAAGCUAGAGCACCAAAUAGGAAUACCAAUAAAAAUCUCAAAUGGCCUUUUUACUGAAGAAUUGAAUUGUAUAAAGGAAGUUCCCUUUGAGGGACAUGAUCGUAGCCAAUAACACAGACCCUGAAUACUUCAUUGGUGAUUUCAUUUAGCAAUAAUGUUUGUGGAUGUUGUGCUCCGUCCUGCGGAUGAGAUGUUCAGUCAAUGUCCUAUUGUAUGUGACUCUGCAUAUAAUGCACACUUUGU